UUCUUCCUCCAAAUUUUUUAUUUGUUAUUUUAUUUAUUUAAUGUGUUGUUGAAGACAUAAAAUAACUAUAAUUUGUUUUAUUUUGUUGCUAGUUAUGUAAAAAAAAAUAUUUUUUCAUAAAUAUUAAAUAAUUUAAUAUUAAAAAGUAACAAAUCCAAAGUAACCGAUCCAAUCCGCACUUUUGCGGAUUGGAUUGGAUCCAAAAAAUAAAAUCCGCACUAAGUGCGAAUUGGAUGUUGUUUGACCAAAAAAGUGCAGAUUGGAUCGGAUGAACAGCCCUAAAUUGUUAAUAUUGUGUCUAAUAAAUAUAGCAAAUAUUGAUGAAAAAUAUUAAUUUAAAUAAUUAUAAUAAUGAAAAAAUAACUUUAAUUUCAAUUUUUUUAAAAAUAUAUAUAUAUAUAUAUAUAAGAUUUAAUUCAUUUUAAAUUUGUAUCACUUUUUUUUAACUUAAAUUUUAUCAUAUAUUUUCAAAUUUAAUUUUUUUUUCUAAACGGUGUCAGUUAAAAACACCCCAAAAGAAAACUCUUAAACUAAAUUUAAGUUUGAAUGAAAAAGAUAUAUAUGUGAAAAAGACACGUACAGGAAAUCAUAAUAAAGUAAUAAUUGAAAAUCAAAGAGAGAUUACAUGUCUCGUGAUCUUUUUAGUCAUUUACCCUAUAAAUAUAUAUAAAUAUUUAUAUUGAUAUUGGAAACAUAACAAACUUAUAUCAAAAUUUGAGGAGAAAAAAAAAAUCACAACGAUUCCGUCAAAUCUCUUGUUUGUUGGGUGAAUGUGGUUGUUCUAGGGCUUAUUCUAUUAUUCCGAUUACAGAACUCUUGUUCGAUGUAACCAGUUAAUUGAUUAAUUGUAACAUAUAUAGACCAAACUACUUAUUAUUUGUGUAAAAAUAUAUGUUUGUAGUAUGGAGGGAGGUGGGGAUAGGGAAUGCUCAAAGGAAAACAAGCCACGUGGAGGGGAAGAAGAUGAUGGGUUCUUUGGAAAUCUUGGAACUACACAGGUAAGUACUAUUACUACUACUAAUCUAAAUGGUACAUGUGUUUUGGCAUUAGAUGAUCAUAAUUCUGAGGUCAGUGAAAUUGGUGUUUCUACUGAUCAAAUUCAAAGGUGCAGAAAGAAGAGAGGUUGUUUGUCCAAAUCACCUCGUUCAUCUGUUUGGGGAACAUUGGCAAACCUUACACAAAUCUUUGGGAAUACUAAGGAAGGGACAAAAUCAUCUGCUGCUUCAAAUAAUAACAAUAAUAUUCGUUUCAAGGUUAAAAUAGGGAAAGAUGAAUGUCAAAGUUCUGUUAUGACUGCCAAUGGUUGUGAAGAAGAAAAAUUACUUCAUCCAUUAACAAUGAACAAAUCUAAACCAUUAAAGCUAUAUAAUAAUGGCAUUAGUUCAUCAAGUGAGAAUCUUAUUUCAUCAGCUACUGCUACUGUUUUUGCUGAGACAUUCCAAGUUGAAAGUGGUACAAAAGUUGAAAUACCAAGUUCUGUUGUUGGUUCUAAUAUUGGGGACCAAUAUCUUAAUGCUUGGGUGCGUUGUGAUAAUUGUCAUAAAUGGCGGUGCAUACCAUCUAAAGAUGCAGAUACUAUAGAAGAAAUUAAGUGCACAUGGACAUGUAAGGACAACAUGGAUAAAGCCUUUGCUGAUUGCUCAAUCCCUCAAGAGAAGUCUAAUAAAGAUAUUAAUGCAGAAUUGGGAUUAUCAGAAGAGGAGGAAGAAGAAGAAGAGGAAGAUGUCAAGCCUCCAACUGUUGUGCCUGCGUGUGUCACUAUUAGGACUAAUCAAUAUCUUCACCGCAGUAGGAAAACACAGACAGUUGACGAGAUGAUGAUCUGCCAAUGCAAGCCACCUUUAGAUGGUCGGUUAGGUUGCGGUGAUGAUUGCCUGAAUCGAGUACUAAACAUUGAAUGUAUGCAAGGAACAUGUCCAUGUCGAGACCUUUGUUCAAACCAGCAGUUUCAGAAACGAAAGUAUGCAAAAUUGGAGAAGUUUAGCUGUGGGAAGAAAGGUUAUGGGCUUAAGUUGCUUGAGGAUGUAUCCAAAGGAUAUUUUGUUAUUGAAUAUGUUGGGGAAGUACUUGAUAUGCAAUCUUAUGUGUUGAGGCAGAAGGAGUAUGCUCUGAAAGGACAUAAACAUUUCUACUUUAUGACACUUGACUGCAAUGAGGUCAUAGAUGCAUGUGUAAAAGGAAAUAAAGGAAGGUUUAUCAACCAUAGCUGCGAACCAAAUUGUCAAACUGAAAAGUGGAUGGUGAAUGGUGAGAUUUGUAUAGGACUCUUUGCAUUGAGAGAUAUAAAGAAAGGUGAAGAGGUGACAUUUGAUUACAACUAUGUCAGGGUGUUUGGUGCUGUUGCUAAAAAGUGUUAUUGUGGUUCUAAUCAAUGCAGGGGUUAUAUUGGUGGUGAUCCUCUUAAUAAGGAGGAUGGUAGUCUUGAAAGUGAUUCAGAUGAAGUCGGGAACAGUUCGUGUAAUGAUGUCAUAAUAGCACCAAUUUCUGAGUGCGAUGUUUCCCAACAAAGAGAAGAUGUUACUCAAAAACUCAUUCCAUCUGCUAUUGAAAGAUUGUCAAGCUCUUCUCAGAGAUUCAAUCGAAUUUUGCCUGUUGAGAUGCUCAGCAAGUCUGGCAUAGCCGAUGAUAGGUUGCUUUCUUCUAAAGCUCAUCCUAAUAUGAAAAAAGGAAAAGUUAAGACUAAUCCCUCAAAUGCUAGCAAAGUUCUGAUGAAGUCCAGAAAAGCAAUAGAAGGAUCUUUUGGUAGCUGCUUCUAUGAAGUUGAGGAGAAACUUGAUGAUUUGCUUGAUGAUAAUGGGGGAAUAAGUAAGCACAAAGAUGCCCCCAAAUUCUACUUAAAGCUUUUAUAUCAUACUGCCAAAUCAGGUGAUAAUAUUGUCAAUGGCGAAACUAUUCAGAGAAAUAGAGAUCUUUCAAUGAUUCUUGAUGCUCUUUUGAAAACAAAAUCAAGGCUGGUGUUGAAUGAUAUAAUCAACAAUAAUGGUUUGAGAAUGCUACACAAUAUAAUGAAGCAGUACAAAGCUGACUUUAAAAAGAUACCAAUUCUUAGGAAGCUUCUCAAGGUGUUGGAGUAUUUGGCAGUUAGGGAGAUUAUUAACUGUAGACAUAUCAGCAAAGAUCCUCCUUGUCCUCAAAUGGAGAGUUUUACUGAGUCAAUUCUAUCACUGACAAAGCACGGUGAUAAACAUGUUCAUCAGAUAGCAAGGAAUUUUUGUGACAAGUGGAUUAGAAAACAAGGUAGAAAACUUACUCAUAUUGACAGAGACGAAAACAAGACCGAACUUUCUAGGAGUUCAAACUGCAACAGAUUUUCUGUCUCACAGAAUGAUUGGUCUGAUCAUGACAGGAGACCUUCAGAAGCAUUUGAUUGUGUCAAGCAACCGGUCAUUGCUUCAACUUUGGUGAGUGCAGGCAUCCAGGAGGGAAGUUCUGCAUCACAUACCAGUGUUUUACCUAUCAGUGGGACAAGAAAUCGCAAGCGUAAAAGCAGGUGGGAUCAGGUAACAUGGGAUUAUCCUGUAGUGACAAGACCAGUACUGAAUGAUCAGCUUGAUAAAGGUGAUGAUUUUCCACCAAGGUUCUCAUUAUCACUUGGUGUUUGUCAUGUUGGGCAACCACAGGAGAAAUUUCUCUCUGGCUCACCUGUUUCAUAUGGAAUUCCUCUGUCCAUUAUAAAGCAAUUUGGUCAAGUACCUGAAACUGGGGGGAGUUGGGUUGUUGCUCCCGGCAUGCCUUUUCAUCCUUUUCCACCAUUGCCACCACUUCCUCCUGGUGAGAAAGACUCCUCACCGGGCCAUAGGAGACAUAACAAACGAGCUUAACUUACAUUAUUUAGAAGCAGAAUGCCAUUUCUUUACGUUGUGGAGUGGAGAAAGCUGGUAACAAUUGUCAUCAGCAUCCAGAGAACCACAAUCAACAUCGAUUUACUUGUUUCCUUUCUUUCAUUUCAUGUAUUCCCAAUUCUUUCAUUGCAUCCAAUAUUUAGUAAUAUCUUGUAUUUACUUUUCAUUUAUAUACAUUAAUUUUUUUUCCUUAUUUACAUUUUUUUUUCUUCAACGAAACUAAUAACAUCUAAAUCUAUAUUUUUAAGGAUGCGUGUAUAUUAUGUGGUAGCUGCUUUUUGAAUUUCAAUUUGUAAUACUUAAUGGUAGAUUUUUUUUUUUUAAUUUGUAUACUCUAAUUACAUAAAUUAUACCUCUCGGUAACCUAUAUAUGUCGGAUUAUUUGCUCUGAAUAAAUGCUUCUGUAAUUCGUUUCCUAAGUUACGAACACUUGAUAAAGUAUAGGAAAAUUCAUUCUAUGUGCUAAAAGGGUGAUACUCCAAGCAGAGCAUCAAUAGGAAUACAAAGUUGAAAGAUGACCGAAUGCUUUUCCUAAACUCACAUUCGCUAUCACUUAUAUAUUAGAAAAGUAAUUUAUAGACUAUUUUUCUUGUUCAUGCAUUACUAUUAAAUGUGGACCAACUCAAACAAUAUCCACUCUGUCAAUUAGCCAAUCAGGGAGUUCCACAAUUUUCAUAGUUAGAAAUAUUCAUACCAGAAGAAAGGCACUGGUGUCUUAAAGUAUUGAUAAUGCAAGAAUAAUUCAAUUUUUGCUUGUCCAAUCCAAUUAUCUUUUACUUAUCUUCUAAAUAUGGCUUUCACUCUUUGCUAGAUUAAUACACAUCAGGCAGUCCAAAUUAUUUCCAACCAACCUAAGAAAGAGAAUCAGAAUACUGGAAAACAUACCAGACCAUACUGGAAUAUCCGUUUCAAUGCCUCCUCCAAAUGCUGCUCAUCCCCAUAGCGAUAUCUGAUUACAUCAUUCCUGACCUAAUUCAUAGGAAAAAUAAUCCACUGUGUAAGAAACAUCUUCCAUGAAGAAAAAGAUUUUGUAGGUCAGUCUAUUAGUAAUGGCACUAAAUACACAGAGCAUAACUUAUGUAUGAGAAGCUGAAGAAGCAAUCAAUAAUACAGUAUAACAAGGUAUAUGCCAGAAACAUGUCAAUUGAAUUUUGUUCUGCUAUUCACCAAAUGGACGAUGAGUUUUAAGGAAAUGAAAUUAUUAUUCAUUUUUAGAUUAAGAUACACAUAUUAUAAAUCAAGAAAAGCAAAUGAUAAGUGAUGGACCC